AUGAACUCUUUUUGGCAGUACCUCGAGACCACCUGUUCUGCGGCGCCUCCGCCCUUGUCGGCCGCUGUUCGUUCUUUGCGCUUUCUUCGUUUCUUCUUCUCGCCAACUCGUCCUUCUGCCGUUUCCUCCGCCUCGCUGCUAGUGUCCCGCAAAAAACCUCUUCUGUUGACUUUUCCUCUUUUAAUUUGCAACAAAUCGGGAUUUAUACAUUCAAAACGACCUUACUGAAGGUCCUCCUGACUUUGGAUCCGCAGACCGCGGCGUUUCCCAUCAGCUAUUACUUUCCUUUGGGUUAAGACGAGGCCAAGCUUUUCAGGAUUUUGAAGACGGGUUGUACCAGAUUGUAAAGAGCCUCCACAAUAAGUUAGCUCAGAGAAAAUUUGAGUUUUCAUCAUAAAGUUUGAAAAACACAGGUUUAGGUUUUUAAGAAAAAAAAAUUGAAAACUGAAUCAAAUCUCUCUUUUUCAAGUUCUAUCUGAGUUUUUCAGUUUAAGCUGAUCUGAAUGACUUUUUCAACUUUCAUUUUGUUCUUUUUGCAACGCUCUUAUCAUCCAUUAAUCAUUAUCAAUGAAGCGAGACUGACGUAAUAGUUUUGAAAGUUUUUCUCCCACUCCCAUUUCUUAGAAAGCGGCUGUUAUUAAAAGUUUCCUAACAUCUAUCGAUUCAAGCGAGUCUGAGCCAACUGUUUCCAUUUUUUUUUCUCUAAAAAGUUCCUCGUUCCGCUGGCAGUCGAGAUUUGUUGAUUCUGCUUCCGCAAAAGAUCUUAAACAAAAUUUCCCCAGCUUUUUCCACCAAAAAAUAUUUUUUGAAGUUCGAAAAUAUUCAUCAUUUGGGAGCAUCAAGAAAUAAUAAUAAGUUGUCUUAUGCUUCACUCUAUUCUUCAAAGGGUUUUUUUUGCGAGGAAAUCGUAUGGUCCUUGGUUAUCUUUUAUUUUAUAUUCAUAUUUUAAAAGUUUUGAUUUGAAGUUUUGAUUUGAAAUCUUGGAAUUUCAAAUUAUUUAUUUUAUUAUUAUUUCUUGAUUUAAUGAAAUUUCAAAGGUAGCAGAGAGAUCAAAGUCGAGGACGCAUUUUCCAAGUCUCCUCCUCUUCUUUUUCUCUCGGCCUUUUCUCUAUGAUCAAUGGCAAAAGAGCCACUAAGAUUCCUCCGUUUAACACUAACAUUUUCUCAUCCGGCGGUCGUCAUGGAGAUUCCAUUUUUUUUUAUCAGUUCCUUAAAAAUAUUACUUACAGCAAAAUGGACGAGGAACCGGGAAUGUCAAUGAUGUUGUCGGCGAUCGCUUCGCCCAUCGAUGACGACCCCUGGAACUUUGCCGACGGACCUUCUUUCUUCAAACACGAAUUAUGCGGUCCGUUCAUCGACAUAUUCAUUCAAAUAGUAGAAAGAUGAGAAAAUAAGGAUGAACAGGUUUAUAAUCGCCCUAACUGCGUUUAAAGAUGAGGAAAUCGAUUAUCAUCUUUUAGGAAAUUGUUUCCUCGAUAUAGUUUCACAUGCGGAAUUUAAAGUUCAGACUACAAGGGCAAAUAGCUAUAAACUAGGUGAUCGUUUCGUGGAAUUGGUAUACAUAUAUAGUGGUAUAUAAAUUAUAAUUUUUGUGCCAUCAAAAUUUUUUUUGAAAUUCCAAAUCUUGUAAAAAAAUAGAAAAGUUCGAUUUGAUUUUAACUUCAAGAAAAUGUGGUAAAAUGCUGUUUAAAACCGUCAUUUUGUUUCUCUUGUUUUCGAAAAAAAAAUAGAAAUUUUGGGAGAAAGCAUAACGAAGAUUUAAAGUUUCAUGAAAAAAAUGCGUUAUUGAAACGUUAAUUUUUCGGUUUUGAAUUCAACGCCGAAAAAUUUAGGCUUUUUUUGAAAAAUUUCAAUAUUUAAAGUUUAAAUUUUUUUAUGCGUGUUUGGGUGCACGAUUGCGUUGUUCCGCAAAGGUGAAUUUUGUCGAUUCCGGUAAAUUAAAAGUUUCCGACUCAAUAUUGCAUUCAAUAUUGCUGUUUAUUACGCUUCAUUCGAGAAAAUGUCGGUUCGAGGUUUGUUUUAUCGUUUAUUAUUUUACUCGAAACUUCUUUCUAGCAUUCGAACAAGGAAAAUUUGAAGCAAAAGUUUUUCAGACCGUCCGAACAGUUUAUUUUUUAAAAUAAAAAACAUUUCAUGAAGUUGUGAUACCUAGAUAACUCGAAAAUCUUGAAAUCUGGAAAUUCAAAGUUCGAAUCAAAGAAUCUGAAUGGUGUUUCUAUAAGUUUUUCCUUGAAAUAACUUUAGCAACUAUCAUCUUAGUCCUAAUCUAUUCGAAUUGGACUUUUUUUUUACCUUCAGACGCCCUCGACUCAGCCGCCCAAUCGCCUUCAUCGUCGCUUUUCGACGAUGACGUCGACGCUUCGUCGUACUCUUCAUCAUUGGCGGGAAUAAUGGCGUCGAUGGAGAGCGACGCGAAUUCAGGCAGUCUGUUGCUAGGCUUGCCAGAUCCGAAUGCUGCAGAAACAGUUCCCAAGAAGAAGCCUGUGGGUUAGUGGGAAUUCCCCAAGCUGUUUUGACAACUUCAUUAUACCUAAUAAUCUGUUUAUGAGCACAAUUUCAGUGAGGAGGAGAGCUCGCGAGUGUUCAAUGGUGUGUUGGCUGUUUCGAACGCUUCUCACUUCAGAAUACCGCGCCUUGCCACUCAACGCCAUUUUCGAGAUCUUCGAGGAGACGGUAGUUUUUCCUUCAGCCUAUCAAUAAACUUUGUGUCUUUCAGUUGCAGAACCCGUUGUCUUCUUCAGGUCGACAUUGGCGACAGUCCAUUCGACACUGUCUCAGCUCUUCGAUCGUCUUCGUCCGCGUCCUCACCCCAAAUGUAGGUUCAACUACGUUUUCGCCGAGCUCAUGCUCUAAUUUUUUCUCAAUUCCUGUCGAUCACCCAUUGUAAUAAGCCGCGAACUUCGCUCUCUUUUUUGUUUCUUUCUUUUCCGUCUAUCGCUUGUCUGCUCAGCCGUGUGUGUGCUCUUCAAGCUUUUUCCUCUACCGUUUUUUUUCUUUUUCUGUUGGUUUCCUGGAACUCGGAAAUGUUACUGCGGCAAAUGCUCGAGUUUGUAUUGGAGGCGCAGGGGGUAUGUUUUGGUCGGACCUAUCGGACAAAAGAUGUGUGAAUUGGGUCGAAAAACAGGGAAAUAGCAAAAAUCAAAAAAAGAAAAUUACUCAGAUUCAUUGAGAAAAAGGUUAUUCUAUUUGAAUUCAUUGGAAGAUAAGAUUAAAUUUUUGAAAUUGCACAAAUUCUUAGUUUUUUAUUUGUGUGCUUUUGCCCAGUUUUCUGAGUUUAUCAUUCGGAAAAAAAUGGAGAGUCCAUUUUGAAAAACGAGUUUCAUUUAGGAAGUCCAAACUAAGUGAAACUUUCCGGUUCCGUUUCUCAUAUUUUCCAGCGAAUAUGAACUUUCGCUUUGCUAUCACCUUUGCAGAACAACUACACUUCUUAUUACAACCGCAGAGUAUCGAAUUUCCUCGGUGCGAUCCCACGAGCGUAUUCUGUUUAACAAAAAUCACUCGGAACAAAAAAAACUUCCUUCUCUGAAGGCUCUUUAUAAUUGAGGAGUUUCGGUCAGAAAAAAAAAAAUUAUUUACCAGUGGAAACCAGUUGCAGCAUUACUGCGAAAAUUAUAUUUUCCUCUAUUACACUAAACUUUCGCUAGAUAUAUAGAUAACCACGCCAAGUAACUGCGAGAAAGAAAACAAGGCGCAAGAGAAAAAAAAAGAUUGAAGAUACAGCUGUUGGGAGAUUACAUCAGCACGGAAGCUGAAGGAGCAUGAAAUCCUUGAUCAAGGCUGCUCUAUCGCGAGAACUUUGAUCGACAUUCUAUAAACUCUUUUUCUUGUCGAAGAAAGAAAAUCUAUUUAUUUUUUCUAAGGUUUAAAAAUAUGAUAGCUUCAAUAAAGAGAGCUCAAGCUGUGAAAUUUUUUGCUUCGAAACAGACAUAGUUUUCAGAAAAUUGGAAUAUAAUCAUAACGAAAAAAGUUUUUUAUGAAAAGUUUUGUGGGCCACUGGUUUCUCUGAAAAUUUAGAAAUGUGUUUCUUAGUUGUCAGAUCUUUUAGAACCGAACUGGAAGCUGGAACUUCCGGUACUCUGAAUGAAUAGGAUUCCUAUGCAGUAAAUUGAAGUGUGUCCGGGCUAAUGUAAUCAUAAUUCCCAGGCUAAGAAACCUUUCGUUGAGAGAAAAAGUUCAAAAUCGAACGGUUUGCAGCCGCGCAAGGACUUUCUGGUGAUGAACGAGGCGGGAUCCUGGUGGACGGUGCAUCCGGACUGCGAACUCGCCUGUGCCGAGCACGUCUUCCGCGUCGGCGUCGACCAUCGUUGUCCGCCGUCGACGUCUUUGGCCGCCUACUGCUCUCGGUACGUCUUCUCUUCGUAGAGUGGAGCCGAACCAAAAAGUGCCGCCAGUCGCGCGUUUUCGAGAGAAUUAAACUCAGCCACUCGGCCACGGCUGCCCCGAACCUCUUGCUUCACACUUGAAAGUCUAUCGUCAAAUAUUUGCCCUGAGAGCAUCGCUAACUUCACGGAAGCUCAGGCGAAUUUGAACCCUACGGUUUUCUUGAUCUUGUAGGGCUUCUCUUUUGUUUGGGGACUUUCAUUUUUAGAUUAGAUAGAAAGAAAAUUCGAAAAUUUGAUAAUAACUAGAGUAAACAAAAAACAGUUCUGGAUUGAAUUUGCUCAUUGGAAACGUGUAAGUUUGGUUGUUUUUUGGUUGCACUCAUCAAAAAACGACUUCGUAUAUUGACUCUCAUUGCAGACUGAACGAGGCUAAAGCACGUCCGAAAUGGGCAGAUUUGCAACGGAGCACAUCUGUUCAGCUUCUGCAGCAGCCACGUCUCGCCGUUCCGCUCAGGUUAUCUGCAUUCCCAUAUUUAGAAAGUCAUUCUCUGGGAAAAAAAAUCAGAUAUUUUAUUGAAAAUUUUUUCAGGCAGUACUCUUCGAUCUUAACGAGCGACAUCUCUGCCAUCGACCACGAAGAAGAAGUUCGAUGAACACGAAUUCAACAAUUUCAUUCAUUCUCAAAAAGCGGCAGAAUUUUCUUUCAAAAGUUUUUGUUGAGUAUUUUGAAGCAGUUGAAACCCCACCGCAUUUUUUUCAUGUCAAGCUCAAACCAGAAAAAAAUGUUUGAUUCUGGCUUCUGGGUUCUCACGUCUCUCUCUCAAUCGGCUUUCCAAUCAUGGGUAUUCUUUUCUUCUCAUUUGCUCAAUUGUACCGCUAGUUUAAUGAACAGUUUUUUUUCUAUUUUGAACAGAUUUUUUACAGAAAAAAGCGGGAGAAGGUUUCGCCAAUAUGAAGAACGGAAAUUUUUUGAAAUUUGAGAAGUUUUCAAACCGACCGCGCUUAAGCUAAUUCUGAAAACAGACACGUAAAUGCAAAUGGCCGGUCUCGACGAAAAUACCACAUCAAUUUUUAUUUCAAGUUAUUAUUCGCGAAUCAAAUAUUGAGUCCGAUUUCUUUCUUAUUUUUUUUUUCUAAAAAAUAAGAAAUUUAGUAUCCCUCCGACAGAUUAGGAGACGUCCCUACUGGAAAGUUGUGCAUCUGCGGUGAGUUCUACGAGUCCCCGAUAGGCCACUGUGAUCGAACUUUCUUUUGUUCCACAUGAAGUUUAAACAUGAACGACCUCUGUCUUACAAACAACUUGUCUGUCGCUUAAGUUUCGGAUACACUGUAUCCGAUAUUUUAAGCGAGGGCACUGUGCCCGAUCGUGGAAACUUUGGACGGUUGCCGAUUUGGUUUGAGCCGGGUGAUCUACACUAGAUCUCCUGGGCUCGCACCGGGAUCCUGCAGUUGUCAACCAGGCAAGCUCCCCGACAAAAUUCCUGCUUUGCUGUCGUGUUGUCCGAUGAGCGUGAACUGGUUGCAAUGGAUCUCGUGA